AUGGCACCAAUAGCGGGAAAUGGAGCGUCGGGAUCAGCGAGUCUUUACAAGGUGUGGGAGAUCAGAGCGCUGAAGCGGCAGAAGCGGAGCGACGAGGCGAGAAGCCUGCUGGAGCGAGUGGCGAAGCAGGUUGAGCCGAUUAUGAUCCGGCGCCGAUGGAAGCCGGACUCAUUCUUCCCAUACGAGCAUGUGUUGGGCACCAUGCUUCACGAGCUCACUCACAUCGAACGAGGCCCCCACGAUGCCAAGUUCUACAAGCUACUAGACGAACUCAAUGAGGAGUGUGAUGAUCUCAUAGCACGAGGCAUAACAGGAACGCCCUUUGGGGGAUCUGGUCACCGCCUCGGCUCCUCUGCUUAUCCCUCCAUUCGCCCAGUCCGCUUAGGCACUGCUGCUGCUGCUGCUGCUGCUGCUGCUGCUGCUGCUGCUGCUGCUGCUGCUGCUGCUGCUGCUGCUGCUGCUGCUGCUGCUGCUGCUGCUGCUGCUGCUGCCAGCGCUGCUGCUUCUUCCUCUUUCAGGGUUGUUACCCCUGCUGGCCCUUCUUCUGCCCCGUCUGCUGCUGACGGGGCAAGCAGAAAAGCAGCGGCAGCAGCGGCGGAGCGGAGGCGGCAGCAGCAGCGGAUCAUGAUGCCUGUGGGCGGGCGGCGAUUGGGCGGCGACAGUGAGAUUAUGAAGGUGUUGAGUCCGGUGCAGGCAGCUGCUAUGGCAGCAGAGAGAAGGAUGAGGGACGAUGUGUGGUGUGGUGGGCAUGGGAGCGAGGGAGGGGAGGGAGGAGAGGGAGGGGAUAGGGGUCAAGGCGGGGCGAGGGAAAAGGAAGAGGAGGAGUGGGAGAGUGCAAGGGAAGUGAGAGAGGGUAAUGCGUCACAGCAGCGUGCAAACGAUGUUAGACACGAUGAUAGAGUUGAUGGUGCAAAUGGCUUCAGAACGGGGGAGGCGAGCCAGGCUGGUGGGGCAAGGAAGCGGCCAAGUGUGACUGAGGAGCAGAGCAGUAGGAGCAGAAAGAUGCCUGCAAGCAGUGCUGUAGCAAGUAAGAGAGCUGAUGCGGCCAGAGAAAGAUUCACAGAUGGGUCUAGAGGGGGCGAUGUGUCAGGAGGAGAGCAGCAGGCAGCGGGAGCAGGCAGGGCAGAGGGAGCAGAGGGUGUGGGGAGAGAAGACAACUGGACGUGCCGUGUUUGCACACUGAUUAACCGGGGCAUUGUGCUACAGUGCGAGGCGUGCCUUGCAUGCACGCUAGGGAAUGGUGGUGGUGGUGGUGGUGGUGCUGCUGCUGCUGCUGCUGCUGCUGUGGACCACGCUGCCAGGUGA